UUUGUUUCUUAAAACUAAAACAUUUAUUUGUGUUUGUUAACUAUAUAUAAAAUUCCAAUUUUCAUUUCUUCGCUUGCAAAUAUAACAUAUUUAUACUUCUAAAGUUUAUUUUUUAUUAUAAUUAUUAUGAACAAAAAAUAUAUAUAAUUAUGUUAGUUUUUAUUUUUAUUUUUCAUAUUUCCAUGAAUUUCCCAUUUUCAACAAAUAAUUUCAUUAGUUAAUGACAAUAAAUAAAAGAUAAAUUCAAAAUGGUUCACAGAUGCAUUUGUCUUAGAAUAUAUUUUUUAAUCUAAACUUCAUUUUAAAAAAAGGAAUCAAUAUUUUAUUAAAUAAAGAGACUUAUUAAAUUCAUUAAACUUAAUAUUGCUAAUCAUGGAAUCAAAAAAUGGAUCAGGAAGGCAAAAUAUCAUUUUUCAUCCUAUAAUUUCUUCUAUUCAAAAAAUUGCUCUAUAUGAAACUAAGUCUCGUUUUUAUUUAAUGGGAUCUAAUAAUUUAUUGACUCGAUUUCGUGUCCUUAAAAUUGAUCGUCUUGAGCCAAAGGAAUUAAUUGUCACUGAUGACAAAAUGGAAUAUACACAAGAAGAAAUUAGAGAUUUGGUAAAUAUGAUUGAUAUGGGAAAUCGAAAUCGUGAAAAACGAGGAAGUACUGGAGGAGUUGCUCGAGUUGUUUCAGCAUUUGGAAUUGUUGGCAAAAGUAAAGAAACGAAUAAUUCUGAGGAAAACAGCGAGGAGCCUAAGCAACAAAAACAAAAGCACAAACCAACGCAAACUAAAUUCACCUGGAAAUUAAAUUGGAACAAGGACGCUUUUCCGAGACUAGUAUCAGCUUUUGGCCUUCUUGGUUUCGUAAGAUUUUUGGAGGGUUAUUAUAUAAUUUUGGUCACUAAACGUCGUAAAGUUGGUGUAAUUGGACAUCAUACAAUUUAUAAAAUUGAGGAUACAUCAAUGAUAUAUAUUCCAAAUGAUUCAGUACGAAUUUUUCAUCCUGAUGAACAACGAUAUGUAAAAAUGUUUCAGAGCAUUGAUCUUAGUAGUAAUUUUUACUUUAGUUAUUCAUACGAUUUAACGCAUACUUUACAAUCAAAUAUGGCACCACCAAAGCAUAUUAAACUCGAUAUUCCUGAUGAAAAAUCUGACAAUAAAAAGAAUAAUGAAAAUAUUGAAAAAGCUGAUGAUUUUUAUAAUAUGUGGUCUUGCAGAAAAAGUUGGCAAAAGAAUGGCUAUGGAGAAAGAUACAUUGAUUAUGGAGUUAGAAGUAAUCCACAUAGACGUUUUGUAUGGAAUUCACAUUUACUUUCAUCAGUUGAAAGAGAAUUACACAGAGAUUGGAUUUUAUAUGUGAUACAUGGAUUUAUUGGUCAGUCAAAUGUCAGUGUUUUCGGUAGAUCUUUGUAUAUUACAAUUAUUGCCAGAAGAAGUAAUAAGUACGCAGGAACGAGAUUUUUAAAGCGAGGCGCAAAUUUUGAUGGUGACGUGGCUAAUGAAGUAGAAACUGAACAAAUUGUUCAUGAUUCAUGCGUCAGUUCCUUGUGUAAUGGGAGAUUUAGUUCUUUUGUACAAAUGCGCGGAUCUGUACCAAGUCAUUGGAGUCAAGAUGUUAGUAAAAUGGUACCAAAGCCAACUAUAACGUGUGAUUUAUCCGAUCCAUUCGCAGAAACUGCCGGUGCUCAUUUUAAUCAACUAUUGAAACGUUAUGGAGCGCCGAUCAUUAUAUUGAAUCUUGUUAAAAAACGUGAAAAGAAAAAACACGAGAGUACAUUGAGUGAAGAAUUAAGUACAGCUGUAAAAUAUCUUAAUCAAUUUCUUUCACCUGAACAUCAUAUUCAGUAUAUUAGUUUUGAUAUGGCGAGAAAAAAUAAAGGAAAAGAAGCCAAUGUAAUGGGACGUUUGGCAAAUAUUGCCAAUAAUGCAGUAUUAAAAACGGGAAUAUUUCAAUCUCACAAACCAUUUUAUAAUCAACGAAAUUUUCGCAAUUUUGCCAAUAAUCCAAAAAAAAUGCAUAAAACUGAUUCAAAUUCAAUGUGCUCAUCAUUAUUGAUUGAUUCGGCAAAAUCUUCAAUUGAUUGGAUAAAUAAAUCGCAUAAUUAUGAUCAUUUGAAAGAUAUCAAGAUAACUGAUAAUUCCAUCGAUUCUGGAGGUUUAAAUGAAAAAGUGAAAGAUUGCUUUUCUUGGGGUGGUGCAUUACAAACUGGAAUAAUAAGAACAAAUUGCGUUGAUUGUUUAGAUAGAACGAAUACAGCACAAUUUGCAAUUGGAAAAUGUGCACUUGGUUAUCAAUUGUGUGCUUUAGGUAUAUUACAAACACCAAAAUUAGAAUUUGAUUCCGAUUGUGUGAGAAUGUUAGAGGAACUUUAUGAAGAUCAUGGCGAUACUUUAGCAUUGCAAUACGGUGGUUCACAAUUGGUUCAUAGAAUCAAGACUUAUCGAAAAACUGCUCCAUGGACAAGUCAGGGUAAUGAUAUUAUGCAAACGUUGAGUAGAUAUUACAGUAAUACGUUUAGCGAUCAAGAAAAGCAGCAUACAAUUAAUUUAUUUUUAGGAUUAUUUAUUCCUGAAGAAGGUAAACCACCAAUUUGGGAAUUAAUAACGGAUUAUUAUUUGCAUCAUAAGUCAGCUUGUAAAUAUGUGAGAAAAUUAAGAUUAUUGACACAAUGGUGUGAUAGUAAUGUUCUAAAAUGUUUACCGUAUGCUUUGGAAGAGAUGACAAAAACAUGUUCUGAAAUUAUUCAAGUUCAACACUCUCAAGAGGAAAUGAUCGAUAUUUACUACGAUUAUUAUCGUCCACAUGAACUAUCAGUACUUGCAGAAGUUUAUGCAUAUAAAGUAAGUCAUUCUGUUCGUGAUUUUAUGCCAAAUUUCACGACAAAUUUCAGUCCAUUUGCAGUUCGUGUACGUCCUGGAAGAAGACGCGAGGAGACUGGUAAUAAAAAUAUUAAUAUGAAAAAUCCAUCACUUACUGGUCAGAGUAGCACUGGAAGUACUGCAUCUAGUGCUAGUUCAAGCAUUGAUACAAGUUCAGACGACGACGAAAGUCAUCAGAUGCUCGACUCAUCGUUAAGUAUUUCAAAACAUAGUUCAGAUAUGAUUUCAUUUGAAUGUUUGUUUCCAUCAAUGAAAGAGGUUUAUGGUACACAACCAGAGAAUCCAAAAAGAAAUGAUAUUUUUCUAUAUAAAAGAUAUGUUGUAAUUGGAAGAAAUGCAACUCGCCCCAUGGAUCAUUCAAUAAUUCGUUCGAAAUUAGUGCAACAAGCAACAUUUCCAGAUCAUGUGCCUAUUAAAACUGAAUUGCCCAAAGUCUCUGACACAAGUGUCAGUAUUUAUGAGCAAUAUGUGAAAAGAAGUAAAGUAGGAGGUUCAGUACCGAGACCAAAUGAUAUGACACUCUAUGAAAAAUAUGCACAUCAACAGCAACUUCUUUUAGGAAAUAUUUCUUGUUAAUUCGUCUUGAAAUUUCAACUUCUCUUUUUCUUAUAAGUACAUAUUACAUUUGUAAUUUUUCAAUUGUAAAUAUGUAAAUAAUUCUAAGGAAUAAAAAUAAAUUUAUAUUUAAUUAAAAAAAAAAAAAAAUUUGUUGAACUUAUUCCAAAUGUGGAACAAAAAAAAAUUCAAAUUAAUCUCUAUUUAGAAUUUAUUUGAAUCGAAAGUGAAAAAAAGAUACAGGUCUUGUUUUUUUUUUGCUUGUAGUAAUGUAUGAAAAAUAAUAAAUAUACAUUUUCCAUGACCUGGAUAAUAGAAUAUUAAAGUUUACUUUAGCUUCUUUUUUGGGCGGAUAUUAUUGGUGUGUCCGCAUUUCUUCUUACGACAAUUGGUUGCACG